CGCAGCCUCAAAGAGGACAGGAAGCCGAAAAAGAUACUCGGCGUUCUAUGUCGGAACGUUGAGAGGCGAGCCGCGCGCUGCCAUUGGUCGCUCGGCGGGGUGUUUGGCGUUCGGCUUCGGCCGACGUUCCAUCGCUGGUGCUGAGCGUUUCCUGCGCGGUGGCGUCGGGGUGCUGGGUGCCCGCUGCUACAGCAGCAGCGACCUCUCCGCUCUGCCCGCUUCCCCGGGUCCGCUUCCAGGUGCAGGGACAGAAGGUUAACAAUGGCGGACUACGGCCACAAGCAGGGGAAGAGGCGGAACGAGAGCAACCUGGGCAGCGUGGUGGACUUCCUGUUGGCCAAUGCCAGGUUGGUCCUGGGCGUCAGCGGAGCGGCUGUGCUGGCGAUCGCGACGCUUGCUGUGAAGAGGCUCAUCGACCGGGCCACCAGCCCACCGGAUGAUGAAGAUGACAUCAAAGCCAAGCAGAAGUCCUUGGACGAAAGUUGGCAGGAGAUGAGCUUGAUCAAGACGGUGCCCAAAGUGCGUCAGGAAGAUCUUGAGGAGCCACUGCUGUCUCCAGUCGUGGGUGGGACCGUGCAAGACCCCGAAAGCGGUGUCCUGCCCUCCGAGGCCCCGCUGGUGGAACCGAGGGCUCUGCUGUGCCUGACGCUCCAAGAGAAGUUUCUCUCCUACUACAGGGACCAUGUCUCAGUCUCUGAGGAGGAAAAGGCUCUGGGGAAGCAGCUGGCAGGAGACAUCUGCGGAGAGCUGCAAAAGUUCCUGAAGAACAAGUACCCAGAGCUGCCCUUUGGACACGCCUUCCUCAGCGGCUACCUUUGCGACGACCUCAUCAGCAGCGACCGCCUUGAGGUGGCCUUCAUGCUUCCGUUGAUGCUGGAACCCAACCUUUGGCUCCUGAUCCCCGGCGAACAAACAGUUGUGAAUGACCCUUGUUUCGGGAUGCUAAGGCGGACUGGCCUGGAGUAUUUCCCGCGCGGAAGCAGCCCGUGGGACAGGUUCGUGGUGGGUGGGUACCUCUCGUCCAGCGCCAUCAACAAGACCCUCCAUAACAUGUUGGUGGCCUCUAUUAAUUGGCCGGUGAUUGGCAGCAGUCUGGAGUGCGUCAUCAGGCCUGUGAUGGAUCCCAAAGAGCUUAAGUUGGAAGUCCAGCAUGCCCAGAUCCGCCUGGACAUAAACCUCUGCCCCAUGGUAGAAGUGGGGGAUAAAAUCCUUCUUCCUCCAUCCUUUGUAAUACCGGUGGAGAACCUCUGGCAGUGGAGCUUUUACGCGGCCGAGGUCUCGGCGCUGAAAGACCUUGAUGCCAGAGAUGAUGGCGUCCGGCAGGGUUGCCUCAACAUCUUGAAGGUCAUCUUCGAAAACCAUCCCUUCUGGAGCAAGCUGGGCAGCAGCCACUUGACUCACGCCAUCCUACACCUGAGCGAAACUGAAACCGAUUGGUCAGAGGCAGCGUUAGCAGACAGGUGCCAGCAGGUGCUGGAGGAGCUGGUCCGGUACCUGGAGAUAGGUUCCCUCCCUUGCUUCUUCGACAGCAGGAUAAACCUUCUCAGCCACCUGGCCUCGGAGGAAAUCGAAGAGAUCGGCUACACUUUGUACGAGGCUUUAGCGGAGCCAGAUCUGGCAGCCGGACUCUGCUUAUGAACAGGCAAUUCAGUGGCGAAAACUGCACUCGUCUCCUUUGGGGGUCGGAUGGCUUGGGAGCAGCUCCCAUCGAUGCAAUUCUUUGCACCCUAAUGGAAUGGAAGUAUUCUCAAAGUAAAAUCAGGCCUGGGUUGAAAAAUGGGAACCUUUCCCUGUGUCCUAGAUAUUUAUGAAAUCUAGGGCCAGUAGUGUUACUUUCCAGUGGUUGCAUCCCAUGGUACUCUGUAGGAUUGCUGAACCAGGGUGGAAGGGGGUCUUUGCCUCCUCCUAGCUGGUUUAUCCAUCCCUACGUAAUUGGGAGCAUUGUGAAAUGGACCUAUAGGGGCCCAGUAUCCAACAGCACCCCAAAUGUGAGGCUCCAUUAUAUGUAAUUUGUAUCUAUUGGGACAAGUCUGCUUUAUUGCACUAUGUGGAAGUCCGUGAAGAUAUGUCUCGGGUGGGUAGAGAUUUCAUUAGGCUGUUGCUGAAUCAGUGAGGAUCUCACCUUUGGUGCUAAAGCAGCUGCUUUUCCCCAUCACCACGCAGGUAGCAGAAGGUCCCCACCUGCGAUUUCCAGGCCUUUGGGUGCCUAGAAUGAGCACCCCAAGGAAUUGAAUCUCACUAUCUGCAAAUGGUUGUGGCUAUGUUCUUUGUGGCACAGUGUGACUCAAUCACUGUUGUUUUCACUCUUUAUUUUUAAAUAGCAGGUGGCAAAAAAUAAAGUGAUCCCCCCCCCCAGUGGCCUUUCCUGCACAUCCCCAGACUGAAAUGGUGGGGCUCCCUUCUCUACCUCAUGGGGCACAAAACUACACAACUUUGUCCCCCACCCCCACCUGUUAAGAUAUACUUGACGCCAGCGCUAGAAAUUUAAUCAAGUGCCAAAGGAAGGUUAGGGUGUGGGGAGAGAGGUCUCUAAAUCUUGGGUAUUCUUAAACUCUCUACUUGGGUAAACUGGAAGGUGCAAUCCUCUCAGCCCUAACUGUUCCUUUAUUGAGGUCUGGAUUCCCAUUGUAACGCCAACUUGAAGUGUUCCUGCUGAGGCUAACCUGUAUCCAAAUCAAGAGUUUGCAAUUUGUAGGUGUGUAACUCUGUAUGCCUUGCUUAGUUCUGCAUUUGCUGAAAUACAGAGAGGUCCUUGCUGCUGAGAGACAGAACUAUAGUCAUGGGUUUGGGCAUGGCACAAGGUUUAGUGAGCCCCUCAAGGAUUUGUGUCUGUUCCCUGAGCAUAAACCAUAAACCAUCAUAGUCUGCAGUAUUUUUUUUAAGGAGUGUGUACAUUCCCUGUAGAACACAAAAGGGAAAGGUACCUACCAACCGUAUUGGCUGUAACUGGGAGUACCAACAGCUCAUAUCUCUCUCUCAAGACUUAACUUUUCAGGACUGUGUUUCUCUAGAGAUCCUUGCCUAUACUCUGACGUAUAGAAAACCACAAUUAAGUCUUGCAAAAAGCCAUAUACAGAAGAGUGCUAUUCCUUUCCCCCUCUGCUCCUACUCUUAACUGGAACUCAUGAUCCCAUGCAGUGGAUUUGCACAGAAAAUAACUGAAGCUGGGGCAGAGAAGCUGUGGUCCCGGAGAAUUUGUUGGGAUUCUAACUCCCACUGUCCCUGACUAUGGGCUGUGCUUGCUGGCGCUCAUGGCACUUGGAAUUCAACAUCAGUCGGAAGGGCAAAGGUUCCCUUGUUCCAGGUCUGAAUGUACAGAGUGAUUCUUCACAAGCAGAAGUUGCCCUGCUCUUCCCUUACAAUUUUCCUGUGAUUUAAAUUUUUAUGUGAAGCUCCAGCCUUUCUGGCUAGAAGGAACAACCGCAACUAACUUAAGUAAACUUUGCUGCUAAAAUGUGUUUAUAUAGUGGCAAUAUUAAUCGGAAAUGUGCAAGGGCUUGAGCUGAUGUCACAAAUGAAAUAAAGAAUGAAUGAUUACGGGCAAAAAUUGCUGUAUAGUGAGCUUUUUGUGAGUGAAACACAGCUUAAAUUCAUCCCUGGAACUUGCAAAGGAGGCUGAUAAUAGGAAUUUAUUGCUGAAAUCUUGCUGAUCUGAUCGGAAGACGUGAAUUGCUUUUAUAGUAAGGAGCCUGCAAAAUUUGAAUAAGGAAAAGUGAAUGCUGUUUUUUUAGCAAUGUGUGAGAAACAUUUUCCCAUAUGCUCCAG